AUGGCACACAAUUAUCGAAAAGAUGAAACAUGUCAGUGUAAUCUGGUUAGCACAACGAAUAUUACCAGCUUACAAUUAAUCAACUUCAACGCAUUUACAGACAAUGAUGAAUGUGUCGAGUGCAUACUGAAUGACAAUUACAGUGAAGUGUAUUUGAUCAUUUCCGAGUCACUCGGACAGUCUCUUGUGCCUUGUAUCCAUGAUAUUUCACGACUGGAUUGUCUUUUUAUUUUUCGUGAAAACAAAUCAUUUCAUGAACAAUGGAACAAAGACUGGAAGAAGAUCAAGGGUAUCUUGAUUGAUGCAACAUCACUUUGUCAAGGUACAUUUCGUCGAUACGAGCAAAAUGCUAUACCAAUGGGUUUCGUAGCACCUGGGCAAAGAAUAGAUCAGCUCGAUCCAUCGUUUAUGUACACACAACUCUUCAAAGAGAUACUAUUAACCAUCGAUUUCGAAAACAAAUAUUUUGUAGAGUUCGUCAAGUCUUGUCCUGGACUAUUAAGUCUUGACGAUAAACGAUUGAAUGAUGUUGUACAACUUGUGCGCAAUUAUCGCGAAAAGAAACUGAUUUGGUGGUAUACACGAGAAGCAAUAGAGCUCUUCGAAAAAGCACUCGAGUAUCAUGAGAAGGCUCGUCCAAUUCUACAGCAGUCACUUCUUGGAAAUCAUCCCCAUCUGGCCUUAUCCUACAUCAGCGUCAGUGGUGUAUAUUAUGAUAUGAGAGCUUAUUUAAAAGCGCACUUAUUUUUUGAAUGUAGCAUAGAAAUUGCUAAAUAG